UUAAUAUUAAUAUAUACAAAAGCGUUUUAUCUUUUUGUUUUCCUUUUUAGUAUAUCUUAAAACGAUUAAUAAAAGAAAAGGUGAAAUUGUUGAAAAGUAAGAAGGAUAGAUUGAAGUAUAGGUUAGAUAAAAAGAGAGUAAGAGAGAGAAAGAGAAAAGAGAAGCCGGUAGUAAUUGGCGAUCUGCGCUAAGAAGAAGAGAGUUAUCGAUCGACCGAUUCGCGCGACCUCGUCGGCAUGCAACGUCAGGAGAGAGCGGCUAAUCGCCUUUACUCUAUGACGGUUUUAUGUUGAAAGAGAAAUAGAGAAAAAGAGAGAUAGAGAAAGACAGAGCGAGAAAAAGAAAGAAGAGAUAAAAGAAGAAAAUAUAAAGAGAUAACGUACGUAGAACUGGAGAAAGGUAGAAAAUAUAAUCUAAGAGUGCAAGAAAGAAAUAAAUUGGUGUUAAGGAGACAGAAAGAAAGAAAGGAAACAAGCAAGCAAAGAAGAUAAAGAAAGAAAGAAAGAGAUACAGAAGCACGAAUGAGUCCGAUGGUACUUCGCCAAAAUCCGAUGGCAUCGCGCCAUUGACGACCAGCCGUUGUUGCGUCGUCGUCGUCGUCUACUUUGUCGUCGUGUCGUCGAUAAUAAGAAGAAGAAUUUGAAAGGUAACAUCGUGAGACAAAACGAGAUGACGGCGAUGUUGGUGUCUGUCGCGGAAUUGUCGAACAUUUUUUCCGUCCUUGCUGUACUAAUAUGUUUCUGCGGUGUCUUCUUAUUUAUUAUGAGGAACAUGAUAGUACUACGUGUACACGGGGACGAGCUGAUGUUUGGCAGCGGUGGCAGCGUUAUGGCACAUACACCUCGAAUUCCGCAAAUGGAAAUGAUGAAAGUUCACAUUCCGUUCACCUUCAAACUUCAUGAAAGCUUCAAGAGUACCUAUGCCGAAGUUGAGUGCGAGGUAUCCAGUCAGGUUGAGUACUCACUACAGGCUAUGUGGGGUGUCAGCAUAAGGGAACUUCACUUGGCCCUUUGGAAGCCCUGGAGCAAUCUCAGAGAGGCGUCCUUGAACGGCACGCUUCUCCAAAACCACGCUCAAUAUUUAACACCACCACAAACUAGACAACCACAUGGAGAAGAAACAUUGAGAUUAUCGCUUCCGGCACCAGAAUUAGAGUUGGGAACACCACCACGGCUUUGUUAUCCGUUAGUGAUAUUCCUCACUCGCAGAGAUAAUGGCGAUCCACAUCCUGAUGAAACUGUUGCUUUGGUGAAUGUCGUCCAUAUUAAGGACAACGUGUGCACAUUGCCGACCUCGAUUUUAGCACAAUAUUUGAAGCAAGCUAAUGGGCAAUUAUCCUGUCUCAAGCAAUUAUAUCUGGCUACUGGAAAUUCAACGAAUUACGACGAAGGUGAAGUGUCAUCUGGCUUGGGCCCAGCAUUGGCAUUAGCCGAACCAUGUAACAAUAAUGGCAGUUCAACGAGAGGUGCUUUGGUAGCAUCGGGUAAUAGUGAUUCCGAGGGUUCAUUUUGGAAUACAGCCGGGGAACAACUUUGCGUAGUUUGUCAAUAUUUUCCAUUGUCACGUGCCCUAUUACCGUGCAGGCAUACUUGCAUAUGUGCAUCCUGUUUCGGUAAGCUCGAUCGUUGUCCAAUGUGUCGUAGCCCGAUUAAAAGUUAUUUUUGUAUUCGCGGAGAGGAAUAUAUGCCAAUUGAAAAGGACACGAAUAAAUGCUGUAAACAACAAAGACAAACAAACCAUGGACCAACACAUUGGUUGCAUGAUUGGAACGACAGAUUAACUGAUUUCCUUGGAUUUGCACGAUAGAUGUUUGUGUGUGCAUGUGUGUGUGUGUGUGUAUGGGUGGGGUGGGUGGGUGUUGAUAUGUAUGGAUAUGUAUAUAGGAAGGAGGAUAUAAAUCGCGAUAAUUUUAAAUAUUAUAAAUUUAUUCCUUCUUCAAAUUUUUCAAUCGAAUAUUUUUAAUUAUUUUCAACUACACUCUAUUCAUCUCUCUUAUAUUCGUACGAGUUAUAGGAAAUAAUAACAAGAAAAAAAGAAGAGAGCGAAAAAUAGAGAGAGAGAGAGAGAGAGAGAGAGAGAGAGAGAGAGAGAGAGAGAAGAAAGAAGUGAAAAAAAUUAAUAAUACCAAGGCUAUUCCGAGUGAUCCCAUAAGUUCCAAUUAAUUAAUGAUUAUGGAUCUUUUGUAUGAUUGGUUGGUUUUAUAUCGUGUGAACGUAUAUAUAUUUUAAGUUUGUUAUGAUACUUGUUAAAA